AUGGGCGGCAAGUUUUCGCAGAUCCAUUACCGCGAACGGGACACGGCGGUCUUGUCCGAUUUUGCGCUCCUGGCCCAAUGGUGGGGAAAACCAGAGCUCGACAUCGUGUCGGCGCAGCUGCGACGCAUCUCGUUCAAUUUUUGCCUGACACGGGAGCACUUUCAAGAGAUGCUGUGUCUCCAUCACAACGAUCUCUUUCGUCACAUCGUCCACCGGUGGUUCGACCACUUUAAAAACACCGACUCGAGCACGAUUAUCAACGGCCUCGAGUUUGUCGCGGCCCUCGCGAUCGCGAGCCCAGGCACGGGCAAACUCGCCGAGAAAGUCGCGUUUGUCUUCGACUUGUUUGACUUUGACCAGUCGGGGUGCCUCACCAAAGAUGAGCUCAUGAUUCUGCUCAAGUCGAGCGUCCGGGGCCUCACCAAGCUCACGCAAGGCCUGGGCCUGCAACUGUCCAAGUUGUGUCCGAUGGCGCAGAUCGAAGACCUCGCGUCCGUGUGCUUUCGACAUUGUGGCCUCGACCCAUCCGACGACCUCCGACGCGAUGGGUUUGUCCACUGGGUCCAGUGCACGCCCAAGUUGACCAGCCUGCUCAAGUGUUACGUUCCCAAAGACAAGCUAUCGCGCGAGGAAGCGGCGGCGUCGAUUCAGCGGGUCGCUCGUGGGAUGCUCGGGCGCAACUUUGUCGACGAGCUGCGGCUGCACAAGCAAAUGCUGCAGCACCAAGAACUAGAUGUGGCCGCGAGCAAGAUCCAGGAGGCGAUGAUGAACCGAAAGAAGCGCCAAGACACCAUUCGCCGCUCCAAAGUUGAACGGAAUGCGUUGAGCGGUGCGCUCUACAGCUUUGGUGCCAACACGCACGGCCUGCUCGGCCACGAGUUCCAUGACCUGGACAAGCCCGUGAAAGACCCGAAGCUCAACUUAUUCUUUAAGCAUGCUGACUUGCGCGUGGUGUCGGUGGCGUCGAGUCUUGUCCAUGCGGCGGCCGUCACGUCGACAGGGGUUGCGUAUACAUGGGGAGCGUGCACUCCGGGAGCGUUUGGCACCGUUCAGGUGAAAGGCACCGAGGGAGGGAGCCACCACGACGUUGUGCGACCGUGCCCGCAGCGCGUCGAUGAUCUGACGGGAGUCCAAGUCACGUCGAUGUCCCUUGGUGCGCGGCACUCGAUGGCGCUGACCGCCGACGGCGCAGUGUACUCGUGGGGGUCUAGCGAGUUUGGGCAGCUCGGUCAUGGCGACCUCGUCAACAACGAGCUGUACCAGCAUCAGUUUGACCAGCAUACCGGUCGAUCGUAUCCCGUGAUCGAUCUCCCGCUUCGACUCGACAAGAGCCUGUUUGACGAUGUCAAGAUCAAGCAGAUUGCAUGCGGGUACUACUUCUCCGUGGCGUUGGCCGAGGACGGGUGCGUGUACACGUGGGGCGAAGGGUCGGACGGCCAGCUCGGGCUCGGUCUCAGCGACGACUUUUACGUCGGCUGUCUCGACGACUUCAUCCACCAAAGCAACUUUACCUACAUGCCGACGCCGCAGUACGUCAACUUGGAUGAGCCCAUUGGCCACGUCGCCGUCGGAGGCAACCACGUGUUUGCCGUGAGCCGCAACCACCGCGCUGUGUUCGAGUGGGGGGCGGCGUUUCGCCGCGAUGGCGAUCCCAUCUACUCGCCCACGCGGAACGACGCGUUGAGCUCGCUCUACGUGAAAUCAAUCAGUGUUGGGAAAGACUUUGCGUUGGCCAUCGCGGGGUGCGUCUACGUCAAGCUCCCGUCGUGCGAGUGCAUGUAUGCCCUGGCCGCGACGUUUGGGACGCAGCCCGCCGACUUGUACGUGGGGCUGAGCGCAUCGUUGGUUGCGGCGGGAGUCCCAAGAGCAAAGGCAGCGUACGCCAUCAAGGAGGAAUGGUCCCAAAAGGUGGUGUACGUCGACCGAGGCAAACCGUCGGGGGCGUGGGUGACAGUCCAGAUCGACUCGGACGGGUCGUCCGAGCCGUUCACAGUCGCCUGUGUAGCUUCUUCGUUUGGUCCGGUGUUUCAAGGAGGCGUUUGGUUUGCCGGCGAGUGCUUUUUCACGCCGCAAAAGCUCUCGUCGCUCAAGUACUUUGUUCGGCCCGAAGAGAUCCAGGGCAAAGUCGUCGUGCUCCACGUGGAGGAGACGGACUUACCGGUGCACGAUCCAGACGACGACGUGUCGAUUGUAGUCGAGCGGUUGAUGGUCAUGAUGGUCGACAAGGUCAAGGACGCACAGGAGUGCGGCGCGAUGGGCGUCGUGAUCGUGUUUAGCUUCAUGGCGGACGCGUUCAGCUUGGCGACGGAAGAAAGCUUUGAUUUUCACAUCCCGAGCGUCAUGCUGAGUGCGUCGGCCGGCGCGCGGCUCUUGGCGUACAUCGGCGAGCAUAAACAGUCGUCGGCCAGGAUCCAGCUGCAGUUGUACCACCACGACGAUACGUUGGGCGAGCAGCUCCUUUCCAUUCAACAGGCCGGCGCCGUCGCCGUCAUAGUUGGCCAAAAUGCCAUCGACUUGAAACCUCAACGGCUGGACGAGUCGGUAUUUGCAGGACUCGGGAAUGCCGUGGCGCAUUCCAAGCAAAUGCGAAUUCCAGUGCUGAGUGUCUCGCACGAGGUCGUUGGCCUAGCCAUCAAAUCCCUCUACCAUUCUAUGAUUCAAGACGCGUUUGCGGAAAUCGGCAUGUCCAGCUUUGGCGACGUGUAUGCGUGGGGCGCAGGAGACCACGGCGUGUUGGGCUUGGGCGACAUGGACAAUGAUCGCAAGUUCACGCACGGGUACGAUGCGCUGUCGAAUACGACGUAUCCUUUGGCGAAGCAUCCUCAAGUUGUCGACGCGUUGGUGCAAACUCGAAUCGUCAAGGUAUCGUGCGGACCCCAGCAUGCAGCGGCCGUGUCCGACACGGGCGACUUGUACACGUGGGGCAGCACUGCCCAUGGCAAACUCGGCCACCAAGGUCCCGUCGACCACACGGACGAAACUACUCCGCAACUUGUUGCUGCCCUGCACUCGGUCAAUGUUCUCGACGUUGCAUGUGGUCCUGAAUACACGCUCGUGGUCACAGCGAUGACCGACUCGACCGGCCCGAUGGAGACGGUAGCCCUCUAG